AUGGCAUUGAAAACAAUCAUCUCGGUGAAGAAAAUCAUCAGUUCGGUUCUAAUGAUUCAUAGACUCUUCAUAACGAGGAAAAUCAAUCGAAAACACAAGGUUGAAGAUAGCUGGAUACCUCCCCUAGGUUCAGUUUUUAAAGAUAUCAAAGAUGCUAUUAAGUGGUAUAAAGGAUAUGCAUUAAGAUCUGGUUUUGAUAUUAAAAAAUCAAAAGAGAGGAAAAAAAGUGGAAUCACAACUUCUAAAUAUUUUAUAUGUAAUAGAGGGAGAUUGCCAAACACUUCUACCUUAGACACGACUAGUGAUGAUCAUAAAAAGCAGUUGAGAAAUAGUAAUUCUAAGCUCACAAAUUGCAAAGAUUUUGUUGCAUUCAUUGUUAUACCACAUUCUUCAGAAUUUUACCUGUGGCAUUUUGAACAACAGCACAACCACAAAUUGAUCAAUCAAGAUUGUAUGCAUCUUUUAAGAGCUAAACGCCAGUUGUAUGUUGUUGAUCAAGCUUUUAUAUAUAAGCUUUCGAGUGAAAAGGUGGGGGCAACUACAACAUAUAGGCUAAUGUGCGUUAUAAAAGGAGGAUGUGAAUUUGUUGGUGGACUAGAGAUAGAUUGGAAAAAUUUUACAAGGGAUAUAAAUUAUCACAUCGGCGGCACUAAUGCAAAUUUGUUGAUUACAAAGUUUCAAAAUCGUAAAGAGAAUGUUACAAAUUUGACAUAUGAAUACAGAUGUAACAAGAAGCAGUUAAAUGCUCUAUUUUGGGCUGAUGACACUACAAAACCAAACUUUGAGUUAUUUGGGGACGUUGUUUCGUUUGACGCAACAUAUCGUACAAACAAGUAUUUAUUCUAG